UCGCUUAAGUCAUUCCCCCGCACUCAUUAAUCCUCUAUCUUUAUCACUCAUUCACUCUCCUUCUCUCUCUCUCUUUUAACAAAUCACUCUCUUCUAAAGAACCCCAUUUGUUUAUUCGAGUGUGGAAGAGCGAAAGAAAACGACGCAGCAACACGUUGCAAUGUUGAUAGUCGAAAUUCUAUUUCUCUUACGAGACAUAGUCAUCGCUUGCGUGGCAGCGGUGUGGAAUUUCCUUAUCACUCCCAAAUAUAAAGAUGUAAAAAAUGAAAUUGUCCUGAUCACUGGCUCUGCUAAUGGCAUCGGACGGGGCCUUGCCCUCGAUUUUGCUCGACGUGGUUGUAUCCUGGUCUUGUGGGACAUUGAUGAAGCAGAAAACGAGAAGACGGCCCAAUUGGUUACGGAGGCAGGUGCUAAGGCUUAUCCGUACUACUGUGACUUAAGUGAAAGGAAAGAAAUCUAUAGAAUUGGUAAGAAAGUACAGAAGGAAGUUGGAGAUGUUACUAUUUUAGUCAACAAUGCUGGUGUUGUGAUUGGGAAAAGUUUUUUGGAAUGUCCAGAUGAAGAAAUUGAAAAUUCCUUUCAAGUGAAUACACUUGCUUACUUUUGGACUAUAAAAGUAUUUCUACCAAAAAUGAUUGAGAAAAACUAUGGGCAUAUUGUGAACAUGUCAAGUUCUUUGGGCCUAACAGGAAUAAAUAAGUUAACUGAUUAUUGCUCUACAAAAUUUGCUGUGGUUGGCUUCAAUGAAGUCUUAAGCUAUGAACUUCAACAUGACCAGUGUGAUGGCAUUAAGACUACCCUGAUUUGCCCACAGUGUGUCAAAACACGUAUGUUUGAAGGUUGUAAAUUAAGAUUUCCUCCUAUCUGCCCAUUUAUGGAAUUGGAUUAUGUUGUGAAUAAGUCAAUGCAGGCCAUUCUGACUAACCAGUACAUACUCUGUUUACCAAGACUUGUCUACUUUCAAGCUGCAUUUAAAGCGUAAGUGGCUCUAAACAAAGUAGUACCAAAUAGUAAGAAUUUAGACUGUCUACUAAAGAAUCUAUGGUUCAAUUCUAAUCAAGUAGCUUAGUUCAUCUAGAUGUAAAUAGAUGUAAUAAGUAAUGAUGAGUAGGUAUAAGUAUCGAAAGCAUUGUACCACUGAGCAUUAGACAGCUGUGCUGAAUUCAAACCUUCUUUCUUUGAUAUCAGUUGGUGUGGUUGAGGCUGACUAAUUUAACUUGUUCUGAAUACUUUGCUUCAUGACAAAGUUGUUUCCUAUGAGCUUUUACAUUAUAAGUUCCAUUCAGCUUUUUCAUUUUCAAUGCUAAGCAAAUGAGUCUUUAUGCGGCUUUUGGGAUCAAAUCAGUCAACUGUCCACUUUCUGUGCAUAGAAAUAGAGAAUUCUCUAUCAGAGAAUUCUCAACCCCAUUACUUACUCAUGAUUUAUAAUUAAAAAUAGAAAUAUUCUAAAUGUUUAUUUAUUAUUAUAAUCCACUGUAUUUUACCUUA